AUGAGGAGGAUGUAUAACCACAAACAAUUACAUAAAACGGGCUCCUUCGAAUGCGGCAAGUGCAAUAAAGUGUUCGAAACCCACCAAAGGAUGAGAACGCAUCUGAAUGCAGUCCACAAAUAUAAGAACAUGCCAAACAAAUGCGCGGUGUGCAACGAGAGGUUCAAUAGCCAUAAAUUGAAGGAUCAGCACCUGGUUACCGUGCAUGGAAUGACGCCAGUGAUUCGGAAGUGUUCCGCCUGUGACAAAACAUUCACAAGCCAAAAUUUACUACGGACUCAUACUAAAAGAUUUCACCUAAUGGAAAGACGGUUUGAAUGCACAGAGUGUGAAAUGACCUUCUUUGCCAAAAACCAGUUGCAAUUCCACAUGUUGAAGCACACGGGCAAGAAAGAUUUUCAGUGUGAUGUUUGCCUGAAAUGGUUCACUAGGAAGUAUGUUUUGACGGAGCAUAUGCGCAUUCAUAUGAACGACAGGCGGUUCACGUGUCUGCAUUGUGGUCGCGGGUUCGUGCAGAAGUGCAGUUGGCGCAGUCACAUGCGCACUGUACAUGGAGAAAUAGAUGAUAGGGCAACGUCUACGACAUAG